GAAUAAACCAUGGGUUGGUUCCUCUGUCCUAGAAAAUCGAGCAAAAAAUCGAAGAAGCAGAACCAGAAGCACAACGAUCCGAUCUCAUCAGCCUCAGCACCCAAAAUUUAAAUCCAGUGAUCCACCAAUAACUUUUGCUGGCAUUGUACUAGUCGUUUGUAAUGGUGUAUUGUGAGAGCCACAACAUUAGCCAAUAUUCACUUAAGGAGAAAUUGAGAGGAAGGUUGGACUAAACGAUUUUAGGCGAGCAAAAUGUUGGCAGGCAAAGCAUGAGGUGAGCAACACUUUGGGCGAGCAAGUAAUAGGCGAGAAAAGCGGGCAAAGCAUGAGGCGGGCAACACUUUGGGUGAGCAAGUAACAAACGAGAAAGACAGGCAAAGCACAAGGCGGGGAAGAAUUUGGCAAGUAAAGUAUUGGCGAGCAUAAUAUGAGAAGGAACACGUGGCGCGUGUUAGGAUAUCUAGAGAUCAACAACAAGAAGAAAUGACUGAAAAUGAUCUGCCACGAGAUGUGAGCCAGUUGAUUGUAGAGGCUAUUGAUAGAAUGACGGAAAUGAUGAGACAACAACUAGAGCUGUUUCGACAGUUACACCAACAACAGGUGCAUCUAGAGCAACAACAACAACAACAAAGGGCGGAACCAAGGGGUUGCCCGUAUGAGAAAUUUCUGGUAUAUCGGUACCCAAGUUUCAUGGGGACUGAAGGGCCCAUGAGGGCUAACAAGUGGUUAUUAGACUUGGAAAGGAUGUUUGAUAUAUCUGGCUGCACAGAGGAUCAAAAAGUGCAAUAUGCAGGGUAUCUGUUGCAAGGGGAGGCUGGUUUUUGGUGGGAGACCAAAAGACAAUUAUUAGCAAUGGAGUUGGGCAAUCUGGCAACUCUGACUUGGGAAAGAUUUAAGCAAGAAUUUGAUAACCGAUUCUUUCCUAAAUCGGUGAAAAAACAGAAGGCACGGGAGUUUGAAGAUCUUGUUCAAGGAGGGAUGUCUGUAGAACAAUAUGCAGCAAGGUUUGUGGAGCUGGGAAGGUUCGCUCUACACUUGAUUUCUACUGAGAAGAUGAGGGCUUGGAAGUUUCAAGAAGGACUCCAACCCAAAAUCCGAAGCCAAGUGGCAUGCUUCAUGAUUUCAAAUUUUCAGGAGUUGGUAGAUGUUGCCUCUAUUGCGGAGGCAGAGCAGAGGAAUCUAGUGGCUCAUGCCAUCAAUCAGAAAAAGAGAGCCUGUCCUUUUGGCUCUGCGGGAGAAGGUCCGGCUAGGAAAGUGGUUACGACUACUAGCGAUAGAGGAAAUAAUAUGGUCAUCAGUAGACCAGCUGUUGGACAACUUCAACUUUGCUGCCGUUGUGGAAGGAAUCAUAUAGGAGAGUGUAGGUUCAACUCUCCAGUUUGUUUUAGAUGUGGCCAAUCAGGUCACCUAGCCAGAGAGUGUCCGAAGCUGGGACAAGGAAGUGCCACACCGCAAAAACCUAACCGUAGGCCUAGACAACAACCGCAAGCAUUGGCCAGGGUGUAUGUAAUGAUGCGUGGUGAUAUAGACAAUGAAGCUCGAGAAGUGGAAGAAGCUGGAGUAAUAACUGAAAAACUGAAGUUGAAUUCAUCGCUGGAUGUAAAUGAGAACUCUAAUGGAGGAUCUGGCCGCAUUGCUGCACAAACAUUUACAUUUCGUGAAUUGGCCGCCGCAACAAAGAAUUUCAGGGCUGAUUGUCUUUUGGGUGAAGGAGGUUUUGGCCGUGUAUAUAAAGGGCGAUUGGAGAGUAGCAAUCAGGUUGUAGCUAUCAAGCAACUUGAUCGUAAUGGGCUGCAAGGGAACAGGGAAUUCCUUGUUGAAGUUCUGAUGCUAAGCCUACUUCACCAUCCAAAUCUUGUUAACUUAAUUGGCUAUUGUGCUGAUGGAGAUCAGAGACUUCUGGUUUAUGAAUACAUGCCGUUAGGAUCUUUGGAAGACCAUUUGCAUGACCUGCCACCUGACAAGAAAAGACUUGACUGGAAUACAAGAAUGAAGAUAGCUGCGGGUGCCGCAAAGGGUUUGGAGUAUUUGCAUGACAAAGCUAACCCCCCGGUGAUUUAUCGUGAUUUGAAGUGCUCAAACAUUUUGCUUGGUGAAGACUAUCAUCCCAAGUUAUCUGAUUUUGGCUUGGCCAAAGUAGGUCCUGUUGGAGAUAAGACCCACGUCUCCACCAGAGUGAUGGGAACAUAUGGAUAUUGUGCACCUGAAUAUGCAAUGACUGGUCAGCUUACAUUGAAAUCAGAUGUUUAUAGCUUUGGGGUUGUUCUUCUGGAAAUUAUCACUGGCAGAAAAGCGAUUGACAACUCAAGAGCUGCUGGGGAACACAAUCUGGUUGCAUGGGCCCGACCCUUGUUUAAAGAACGAAAAAAGUUUGCACAGAUGGCUGAUCCAAUGCUCCAAGGCCAAUAUCCAGUGAGGGGUUUGUAUCAAGCUCUUGCUGUUGCAGCAAUGUGUGUUCAGGAACAACCAAAUAUGCGACCCCUCAUUGCUGAUGUAGUCACAGCACUUACUUAUCUUGCUUCUCAAAAGUAUGAUCCCGAAUCCCAGCCAGUCCAGGGCUCCCGCCUCGGCUCGUCCACUCCUAGAACCAGAAGGGAGCAGUGAAGCAGAUGAGAGAUUGAUCAGGGCAGAAGACUUAUCCAAGUUCCAUCGUCAGCCUGGGGGGGGUGGGGUUGCUGCCCCCUGGUAGCUGUGGUGCUGCAUGGGGAUGUUUUUGAAAUAGGUUUGCAGUUGUGAUACAGAAGUCGGAGGAUCGAAGUUUAGUAGUUUGGUAUUGGUGGCACAGAUGCUGAGUGCCCGUUUCUCAAAUUUUGCAUCAAUCCAGAUAGCAGGUGCGAUUGCUAGUCCCACUGUCUUGUAACAGCGGAUGCAUAUAUAUUCCUUUUUUCCCUUUCCUCGCUCUCUUCCAGUCUACGAGAUUCGUUUAUGUACGAUUGAGCUUGGGGUUUUUGUAUCUAUAUAGAAACUGCUCCCAUUGUAGAGUAUCUUCACCUCUCCGUUUUGAGUUUUCAAGAGUUGCGUAUAUAGUUCACCUCAUCACGUUCAAUUGA